CUUGAGAUGACAACCUUAAGUAAUGUGGUCUGUUUGGCCUGAGGAGAAAGAUUUGUUUACUUGGAUUUUUUUGUCUCUUCCAAGGUUCACCGUUAAAAGAUGAAUAAAUCCUGAACGAAAUAAAAGAAACCUCCAACACAUGGAGGAAAAGAAUAGUUGUUUUUCUAUUUGCUGUAGAAGGAAAAGAAUUGUGCAUCCUUGAGAAAGGUCUGAUCAGAGCUGCUAGCCAGGGACUCCUGUUACCUGUUUGUCUCAAAUGGAAGUCCAGUUUCUUAAUAGAAUUACUAUAGGUGAAUGUGUAUUGGAAUGUACUCUGCACAGGCUCAGAAACCCAAUAGCAUGCAACUUAAUGCUUUGUAUGUUCUAGAGUUUUUUUCUGAUUCAUAUUUAAGCAUCAGUUCGCAUAUACACAGAAGGCUUCCCUCUUUCUCCUCCCUUGUUUGAGCAGUCUGAGAAAGGAGUGCAGGGGGAUUUGGCUUUUGCAGCCUGUGGAGGUAAUAGGGGACACAAUAGCCUCCAUGAGGGUUUUUUGUUUGCUUAAAGGUUUAGAAAGAAAUUGUGUUGCAAGAUGAGUGUUGUUAUUUUUAAUUAGCGUGUUACCGAGAGGGGGACAAGAGCUUAUCCUAGCCAAUUCAGUUGUAAUCUUCUGUAUGCGUCGGUGAUUUAAUUUCCUUCUCACGCUCCGCACUCCAUCUUUCAGGGCUGCGCACCACAAGGGCGGUAUGUUUACCCCUGAUCAUAGCGUCGCAGAAAUUCCCUGCAAGAUGCAGGCGGUCCUUGAGCCUGUUAUCUGGGGCAGUAGAACAGUAAACAUCUCUGGGUCGGUUUUGUGUCACUCUGCCUCCGCAAGCUCUUUGUCGGUUUGGAGCUGAGGUGCGGGGGGGGGGGGGGCGUUUUGUUUGCUGCUCGGAUUCGCACAUUUUCCGAUGACGAUCGUGCUGAGCAGCUGGGGGGGUCGUCUAUACGUGCCGCCCCUUCUGCAGUUUCUUGUUGUUUUGGAGCCUGCUAGGCUGCUAUUCAAUGGCUCGAUCAAGUAAGCCCCAGAGGUAAGGGGAUUUUCGUUCAGCUUCAGCUGCAGAACCGGAUCUGUUUUGCUUUGCUUUGUUUGUGACUGCAUGCUGGCUUGCUCUUUUCCGUCAGCCCUCGAGGCUUUUUCCUCGCCAGAUCUUUCGCUUUCAUUGAUUUAACCGCAGAAAAGAGAACUUGCCCUUUCUCCCCCUCCCCUUUCGGUUUCGUGGUGGUUGGAAUUUGGGGCAGAGUGGAAUUGGAAUUCUGGCUCGAGCUGAUCGCCCUGCGGCUGGACAAGGAAAUGAAGCUGGAAAAACACCUUUCUUCCCCGACCUUUUGCCAGAACUGGACACCCCCCACCCGGGGCAAGUCGAAGCCAGCGUGGUUCACUUCGCUCUAGGUCGACCCCGCCGGGGGCGCUCAGACACUGUUUGUAAACAGUGCCAGAAAGUGAGCCGUUUGCAGCAGCCGUUGGCCUUUUGUUUUGAUCCACCGGGCGCGGGCUGGCUGCUGCUGUUGUGGGUAGGCUGGCUGGGACUUUGCUGCUGCACGUCCUUUCAUCUCCUCCCCCCCCCCGGUGCUGUAUUGUCCAAAACAGACUGGAGGUGCAUGUUUAUUUUUAGAACGUUGCUUCUUGCAAUGCCCUUGCCUUUCUCGAUGAAAAGUUGCCUUUUCCUCAAGGCUCCGAACCCAUUGUUUCUACACUUCAGAGGAAGAACAGGCAAAAGAAAGGGUGGGAGGGGAUGUUUUGGUUAAAAUCAGAGCAGGCAGUGAUGUUUAGCUUUGUGGUCUGUGUGUGGUAGUGAGUUUUCGAUUAGAAAACUCCACUAACAACAGCCCAUGAAAGUAAAGAUCAAAUCUGCACAAGUCUUUUGUUUCUCUUUAUUUUAGCAUUGUUUGAAGAUUAGUAAGGGUGAGGUCUAUUAAAUGGUCUUAUGGAAAUGUGUUUUCACAGAAGUCACUUUAGCACUGUCUACAAUGCAGCAACAUCUAUUUCUAUAUAUACAUUUGAUGCAGUCUGGAUUGCUGGUGGAUCAAAAAGGUUCUUUAGCGUUCACAGACUUCAUGGGAAAGUCCAGGACAGGAAAACAAAAUUGAUCUUUCUGAGUUCUUACUUACUGUUUAGAGGGGGUGGGAAACAACUUCUCUUCAGUUAAAUGAACAAUUAUCCAGCCACAUUUUAUGUGUCUUAUAUAACAAAUCUUAGGGGUUUUAAACCUAGCAAAAAUCAACUGUGCGUGUUUCUUCAGAAAUAAAUACUUAUCUGCUUAUUGCAGUGUACUCUCAUAAGUAAGGAUAAUGUUAUAACCACGAUUUUUGUAGUUCAUAUUUAAUAGAAGCCCUUUUAGUAGCUUGGUAAAAACAUGAAUGAAAUUAAGGCUUGUUAUAGUACAAAACCUCUAUAAGUAUAAUGUGUGAAAUAGCAGUGGGACAUGCUGUAUGUUAGAAUCAGAUGACCUGUUGCUUGUGUUCCUGAUAAAAGCCAUUUUAUGGUUUGAGAAUAUCUUAAUUUUCUGUAGAUCUGUUGUAUGCUGAUAAUGUUCUGUUGCAGCUAACAUGCUUAAAUAUUUGUUUAUACAUCCGGGUGCAGAAUUAGGACAGCCCACUAUGCUUAAGAUUGGCUGCUGCUUGCCUACUAAGAUUACGCUUUCCUUUAAAUGACAUCAUGCUGCUAGACAGAAGAGCUAACAUUGUAUGCAUUCAGUGUAUGAAUACCACAUGAAAAUAACACUUAUUUAUCCAUCUAAUAAAACAGGUAGCAUGUUCAAGUGGGAGUAGCAAGGGCAUGAUGAAAAUGAAAAUUGUGUUGAUUGCGUCUAGAAUGAAUGUUUGAAAAAACAUGUUUUGAAAAAAACAUAUGUUUUGAAAAAAAACAUGAAAAAACAUAUGUUCCAAUGCUUGAACCUGUUUUCACAUGGGGCUUGGCAGAGAAUAUCAGAUUUGUACAGCAUGCCCUUCUGUAUGUUUUGUCGUUUAGUCGUGUCCGACUCUUUGUGACCCCAUGGACCAUAGCACGCCAGGCACUCCUGUCUUCCACUGCCUCCCGCAGUUUGGUCAAACUCAUGUUCAUAGCUUCGAGAACACUGUCCAACCAUCUGUAUAGUUAGCAUUUUAGGAGACAAACAUUUUGAUGGCUUUUAAAACUCCUUUAGUUUGGGGAAAUGGAAUGGGGGGGACUUGGUUGUCGUUACAAUCUCAAUCAGUUUUGCUUACACUUUUAAAAGGGAAAUCUUUUCAUAGUUCAGUAAAUUUGAGCUCUAUUUUCAUCUCUCUCUCUUUGGUACUUCUGUAAACCUCAGGAUUCGCCCACACCUGUAGUGUGUGGAUGGUGCUGUUUUGGUUGCAGUAGGUAUGGCAAUUCAUGUAGGUCUGUUUCAAAGAAACUACUGUUUGUUUGUUUGUUUGUUUGUUCCUUUAUAUACCACAAAACCGAUAUCUAUGCAGUGUACAAUAUGAGUCAGUUUAAAACCAAAACAACAUAACAAAUAAAAUAGAAACAAACUACAUUAAAAACAAACAAACAAACAGAAGCACAGAAUGGGUCACCUAACAUGAAGGUUCUGAAAAACAAGUUAAUCAUUUUCAUAAGAAUGCUCCCUGAAAUAAUUAAGUAAUGGUGCCUAAAACGCAUUAUAGUUGGUGCCAGCUUGAUUUUAUUAGGUAGACUACCCAUAAACCGGGUGCCACCACACUAAAUGCACAAUCUGUCACUGCCAGGCACUCUUAGAUGUACCUCAAUGGCAGAUUGCAGAUAUCAGGGAUAGGUAUAUGAAUAGUACUUAAUCAAGGGUUCAGAAAUCUUUGGCUUAACUUAUUAGGCAGUUAUUACCCUUGAGCCCUCCUAUCGCUAUAUCUUCUGCCUGUGCCUGUGGCGGUGGAGUUUGGGAGGAAAAAAACUUUGUCUUGAAGAUUUGACAGAUGGUUUAAUCUUACGCAACAGCCCAGUCAAAAAUACAGAAAGACCCAACCCUUGAUUCCAGUGCUUUAUAAAUGCUUCCAGAGACUGUGGGGAAGCACUGAGAGGGUCCCAUUGCUUUUUCUGAAGAUCUGUAAAAGAUGAAACAAGACCUCCACCCCCAAGAAGUUACCUGUGCAUGCCAAAGAGUAUGGGAGGGGUCUAUUCGUGUUUCAUUUCUCACAGGAUUUUUGCAGAAUGCAAAACUCCACAAAGCAAGUGCAAAGGGAAUCAUAUUCCUCCAUGUUCUCUGCAUCUCCUCAAGAACUUGGGGAAAGGACUAAUCAGCAGAGGGAGGAUAGGGUUAGGGUUAUUGCACUUCCUUGCACUCAGGUUGAUUUAUUAUGGGAUACAGCAUUGGUACUAGAUGUCUGUGGUCUCCAGACCCUAAGUUCAUUAUUACAUGUUAGAAUCAAAUGAGACCACCUUGAAGCUCGAGGAUCUGAAGAGAAUGUAUCUCUUGCUUCAGCUGGCUGAUAAUGAACAGAGGUUUAUGAGUGUCUGGCAUCCAUGGAGUGAUAACAUCUGCCAAGUUUCUGGAAAUCAUCUUCCUUUUGAACAGCAGUAUUUCUUAUAAAAAAGGACCCAGGUGGCGCUGUGAGUUAAACCACAGAGUCUAGGGCUUGCUGAUCAGAAGGUCGGCGGUUCGAAUCCCUGCAACGGGGUGAGCUCCCGUUGCUUGGUCCCAGCUCCUGCCCACCUAGCAGUUCGAAAGCACAUCAAAGUGCAAGUAGAUAAAUAGGGACUACUCCGGCGGGAAGGUAAACGGCGUUUCCGUGCGCUGCUCUGGUUUGCCAGAAGCAGCUUUGUCAUGCUGGCCACAUAACCCAGAAUCUGUCUGCGGACAAACACUGGCUCCCUCGGCCUAUAGAGCGAGAUGAGCGCCGCAACCCCAGAGUCAGACACGACUGGACCUGAUGGUCAGGGGCCCCUUUACCUUUACCUAUUUCUUAUAGAAAGCUGUUUGAAGAGGCUACUCUAUGAAGUUUUUGAAUCCACAUAUUUCAGUAUUUAUUUGGGCUUUGGCUGUGUUUAAACGUCCUUAUACACCAUGGCUUAUUGUGAUGGAAAUGAGCCAAGGUGAGCCUUGGACUCAAUAUGCUCCCUGUCUUUCCCCUCCUUCUCCAGUGUGGCUGCAAGCUGCUUCUUUCAUCCAAACCUGAUAGCCGGUGGUUAACCGUUUGAUUUGAACAAGCAGACUUCAGAAUGCACUUAUUUUGUGGGGAACCUAUGGGCAAAAAGUUUCAUAGUUGGCCUACCCAGCAACUAUUUUGUGUUGGCUGAGUGGAAUGUUAGUUAUGCUUGCCUUUUGUUCAUCUAGCUGUUUUACCUCCCUUGAGUUUCCAAUACUUGUGUUUGCAUACUGCCCUCUGUUGCAAUGUUCCCCAUCUCUCUUUUGGAUGGGAGGUUGGGUGCACCUCAGUAUUACAGUGCACAAAUAGGGCCCCCCUACCCUACCGUUUCCUCUCCUCUCCCAUGUAGGACUCUGUGGCAUAUACAUGCAGGCAUGAUACUUUAACAGGGAGCAACACUGCAUGUAACUUAAGGUACCCAUUUCAUUUUAAACUUAAACUAAUGAUAAAAUGGAGAAGUUAAAUGUUUAAUUAGAAAUAAGUACUAUAAAAAGACUUGAAGUGGCUUAUAUGCCUCUUUCUUAAGGUUACCAGAUUUUUUUUCAAUGAAUCCGGGGACACUUUUCAACUUCAAUGGAUUUUGUAUGGGGACUGGUUUGUAAAUCCAGGGACUGUGCCCGGGAAAUGGGGACAUCUGGUAACCUUAUUCUUUCUUCUGUUGCAGGUUUUGAUUGUUUCUUCUGUGGCGUUUGUGUGGAAGCUGCCACACACACUCCAGAACAACAACGGCUUUUGCUUGCAUUUUCCAGUGUUUCUUUUGUCAGCAAGUUCAGCAAAGUUGUAAUUCUUCAAGUGCCAGCCCUGAUCAGAGUGAAGAACUGGCAACAGAAAUGGUAAAAAUGACAAAAUCCAAAACGUUCCAGGCUUACCUACCAAACUGUCAUCGGACCUACAGUUGUAUCCACUGCAGAGCCCAUCUAGCCAAUCAUGAUGAACUAAUUUCCAAGUCCUUUCAGGGAAGCCAGGGGCGAGCCUACCUCUUUAAUUCAGUGGUGAAUGUGGGCUGUGGUCCUGCAGAAGAGAGAGUUCUUCUGACAGGCUUGCAUGCAGUAGCAGAUAUUUAUUGUGAAAACUGCAAAACCACUCUUGGAUGGAAAUAUGAACAUGCGUUUGAAAGCAGUCAGAAAUACAAAGAAGGAAAAUUCAUCAUUGAACUUGCCCACAUGAUCAAAGACAAUGGCUGGGAGUAAAUGGGAACACUUCUCUCUCUCUCUCUUUGGACAAUUAAUCUGUGGAACAUGCUUUAUAAAGACUAAUGCAAAAAGGAUUUUGGUUGGGCUGGCUGAGAAAAUUGCUGCGUUUUUGAAACCUCCAAACUGAGUAGUGUAAUUUUGUGCCCCCCCCUUUCCCCGAAAGGCCAUCUUUUGCCUUUUUCUCUUUGUGUAAGUUUCCCUCUUUUUGAAUAUGUAUUCCUGUGUGAACAGUUGUUUUGGAUCGACUUUUUCUACAAACUCUAGAGGAAUAAUUCCCUAAUUUCAAAUUACUUUUAAUAGCUAGCGCUCUCUUUUGACCUGUGCUUUUUAAAUGCUCCUUUCUUCUGUGCAUGCUUUCCCCCCAUCACUUGCCCCAGAAUUUUGUUGAAGGCCUGCGUGAACAGUCCUAGAGUGAAUGUAAGGCAUGUUCCUUCCCCAUGACCCCAAACAUAGCAAUUUCUGUGCUCUCUUUGCAGUGAGAAGGACAUAAUAUUGUAGUAACCAUUAGUUCUUUUUUUCAAAAAAAAAAGUACUGCAGCUUGUGUGUAUCUUCGGGCAGGUUGGUUAAAGGUUUAGUCAUUUGUACUGGCUGAGGUUUAUAAAUCCUUGCUUUUAGUUUAAAAAGAAAAUGAGAAGGAGGGUGGAAUAAUAAUUUACAAGGUCAACUAACUUAUAAGGUCUGACCGAAAUCAAAACAUUCCUAAGAAAGUUAAACUUUGCUCUUUUAAGAAAGAAUGUCUAGCAAAGUCUUCAAGAUCAAAGGAUGCAACUAUAUGCAGCUCUUAUUUUUAAUGUCAUGUGAAAUGUCUCGGUACUGUACCUUUAACAAGGACUUGUACAUCCACUGAAGUUUUUAUGGCUGGUUCCAUGUAGCUACAUACUUUUUAAUGCACUGGAUAAAGAGGUUGAUAUUAAUUAAGUGAUUUGCUCUUGCAGCCCUUAAGCACACAGGAUUAUUUUUGUGUGUGAAAGUGGCCAGAGCUUCUAGCUGUUACCUGUGGGAGGUUGGAAGUUGGGGAGCAGGUAAAAAAAAACGCAAAUUGACUUCUUCAUGAUAGGUUUUUUAAGGGGCGUUUGAUUUGCUGGCUGAAUCAUCCCUAAGCACAUUUUGUAAUAAACAGUUAUGUGAAAUAAGCAUCAGCUUGUAAUUUCCCCCAGCUGCUGCUUUUAUGUGGGGUGACUCAGUCAGACACUUCCACUAUGUGUUUGUGUGUGUAUGUGUGUGUGUAUGUAAAGUUCACUGAUAGGAACUUUUCUACACACUGUUUCAAGAGAUUUGAAUAAUUUUUAUGGCAUGAUUUUUGCAUUAAUAUUCUAAAAUUUAUGAGAGGAGGAACGGAUUGGAGGAUAUUUUACACUAACACCACAUAGCUGCUGAUAGCAUGAAUAAUACGGAAAGCCUUACAUUGGAAAAUCUGCUUCUUUCUAAUACCGGUACAAUGUCUUUUACAUGGCGUAAGAAAAACGUUGCAUUGUUCCUCUCUGCUGGCUGCUGCUAUCCUCGUCUGAUGGGCUUUCAAGUCUCUACUGCACUUUAGCUUUAUCUUUCAUGUUAAACGUAAGAGUAAUCUUUCCCUAAAGAGGAAAUGUCCCUUCCCUCUUCUGUUUGAAGAAUUAUUUCCCAAGCAAACCAUCUGGGAAGUAGUAUGGUUACACUGUGAUGCAAAAAAAAAAAAAAAGGAUAUUGAAUAUAUCUGUUUAAAUGUGUGUGUACAUAGUUACCUCUUAGGCAUUCAAAUCCAAAGAGCUGUACUAGUGACAGCUAGAUUCAAAUUUUGUUUUGCUGAAUGACCUUUUAUUCUGGUGCUUAAUUUAAUAUGAAUGAGGGUUUGUUUGUUUGUUUAUCCAUUCAUCUUCAGUACAGUACUUGAUCUAAAUGUACACUAGAACCAGGAGUUAUCUUGACUCACGCCUAGACAGCAGCAGCAGCUUCAGCCGCCCCCAUCGACCACAAGCCGCUGAAGUUUCUCUCGUGAGAAGACUUGGCUCUCUGGUAUCCCCCUUAGUGCUGCCAUCACAGAUCCUUCCAGUCCCCUUGGACUAAGAGUAAUCAGCAUGGGAACCUAGAAUAGGCAGGCGCUGUGUGUCUUGUGGGUUAGUGACUUGUGCAAACAUCUGUCUGGUGUGCCUCGCUGAAUAUCAGUAAACGGUCUUUGUUUAUUUUGUAUUGCUUUCAAAUCGCUUUAUCCGAAAGGUCUGGUUUCCCAUCUUCCCUCCACUGCUUAUGGCUGAAACAGUAAAUAACUAUAUUGAACUAUAUUCUAACUGGUAUGCCAACCAUGAAAGUACUGAAAUCGUAAGCAGAUGGGCCCUGUUGUUGGCUCACAAUGCUGGCUGUAAGCCGUACCAGCUAUGAAAUUUGCUAGAAGCGUAUCUUUUUCAAAAGCAUGGUUCCUCAUUGGUUUAAAUGUCUCUCAGCUAGUACUUACAGGAAUUAGAGGACAAAUUUCGGUCAGGUUUUUUGGGCAGGAGUUUGAGACUCAAAAGAGUUUGAGAGACAAAAUGUUUAGAGGGGAAAAAACCUAAGAGUAAUCCAACCUCUUUUUAUCCGUGCAUUAUUCAUAUUCUAAACCUAAAUCACUUAGGUCUAAACUACACGUUGGAGGCAAGCAUGUAAUCGUAGCCUUCCUUAAAAGUUGAAAAUUCACUUUGGGAUGAAAAAAGUGGAGACGGGAGAUGCUUAGACUUUCCCCUGCUCCAAAUCAUUUCCCCAAGUAUUCUCCCUCUGCCCCCACGGUUUCAAUUGUAUGUUUGUAUUUUGGGGGCAAGCUGUGGGUAGGGCCUGAAGAGGGGCUGGAGUGGAGCUCCUCUUCUCUCUCUCUCUCUCUUUUCCAUUCUUACUAAUUCUCCUGAAUGUUUUACGGUUAAAAAAAGAGAGGGGCUUUUAAGAAAACACACUUGCAUAUAUUGUGUAGUUUGGCCUUCAGGGUACAAGGUUUCACCUAAACCUUUUGUUAAACCUGGAUGCCAAAAACUUGAGAUUUUUAUUUUUUAGUUGGCACCUGGAGUAUCAAAUUGCGGGUAAAAAAUCUAAUGCAAGUCAUUUGUAGUGAUAAGGCAUUUAAGAAUACCAAAUAGAGCAAUAUUUUUAUGGAUUUUGAAAAGGGGAUGAGAAGGGUGGUAGAGAACUCUAAAUCUAAAAAUGAUACUGUAGGUAUCAAGUAGCAUUGCAUAUUAGAUCCUUUGGGGGGAAAUGAAUGAUUUUUCUUGGCAUUGCAGGAAGGUCUUUAAAACUGGGUGCUUCAAUUUUACAGGUUGGGUGUCAGUAUAGGAUCCAGAUACUGCUGGAUGUUGGUUGAUGUAUAAAAGGUCAGUCUGGUUACUGAACUUUCAAGCAUUACAUAAGCAUAAUACUUGAACAUUUUUCAAAACAUUUACCCUCUUAACCAUUUUGAGUGUGUGUAAUGUAUUCUAUUUAAGGUUUUGUGUGUUCUUUCUGGGUAAGUUUACGCUAUCCCUUCAACUUGAGCACUUUUGUUACCUGUUAUUUUUAUUACUGUUGGUCUUAACAUUUAUUAUAUAUAUAUAUAUAUAUAUUUUAUAAAUUGUAACAACAAUUUUUUGUGAACUUCUGUGUGCUACCUACUAGCUCCCCCCCCCUUUUUGGACUAGAUGAACUGACUACAAGCUGGUUCUUGGGAAGAAUGUUCAUUCGCACAUACAGAAAAUGUGCUCGCAAAGUGUACAUGUAUUGAGGUGUUUUUCCCUUCGAACUCAAUAGCCAUGGCUAGCACAAACGAACCAAACAAUAUGGCAUGACUGAGGGCCAGAUCAGGCAAUUUAAAAAUCUCCAUGUGGAAGAAGGAAUGUCUAAUCUUGCAGAACCACAAUGGCAGGCACCUAGCAAAGUAAACGCUAGGAAACAAUGCCAUGACAUGGUCAUGCUGGAUCAGAUGCUAACUUCCUCCAUGCAGAUGUAUCUAUAAGGAUGCUGAUGUGAAGCUUUUUUGUGCAUCUGAACUAGCCCCACUGUGCACCUUUUUUUCCUCUUCCAUUUUUUCCCCUAGCUCCUUUGGUGUGAGCGUUACAGUAGUAAGAACUAAUUUCAUGUGGCAGUUACUUCUCUAACAGCUGUGGACAGCUUUUCACCACUGGAAGAAAACACCAGGCUUCCAGAAUAUUAAGUUGCAUUAUUUCACCACUUGUCCCAAUAAAAGCUUGCUUCUCAGCCUAAUCAGUCUUGUUAUACACACGGAUUUGACUUGCUGUGCUAUUGCCAUGAAUCCUAUUAUGUAACAACCCAGAACAACUUGAACUCGCCUUGGCCCGUUUCUUAAACAAGGCUAGAGAGCAUUGCUUUACUCUUGGCCCAAGUUUAACUAUAUUAUGUUGUGGAGUUGAAAUUACCAAUGUCUCUCUAAAUUGCUUUAUUACCUGUAUGAUGAACCUUAUGUCACAGGACUGCAUUAUGCAUAAGCGUUACUGAAAGCUCCCUUGGUGUCGGGUGAAAUUAGAUUUUCAGAGGAGCAGUGUUCCCCUUUUUAAGGGAAAGGGACAGUGCACUUGGUCAUUAAUAUGAAUGUCAGCAUUAAUUGGGCUUGUACCAUUUUGAUUUCUAAUAAAUCUGAAAUGUGAGAUUUACAAAAAUACGCUGUUUUUUUCCAGAGAUGAUUAUGGUCUGCUACGAUAACCUGUUUUAUGAUGACACAACCCAGAUAGCCACAGUUUAUUAUCCAACUUUGUAUAAUGGUGAAAGGAAUGACAGCAAAUGUUCAAGUUAAUGGUACCUGCUGUACCAUUAGUGUAGAGGCAACCACCAGUACUCUUAUGCUGGCGUGAACAGGGAUUUCACAGAAGCAAGGUAGGGUCAAAAACACAGGAGUGAUAGCAGGUGCCCAUUGACUUGUGCCUCAUUGCUGGAACACUUUGGGGAAAACGCUUACUUUUUGCGCAGCUGAUGUGGCUUCUUUCUGGUUUCUGUCUUGGCAAUACUGUACACAAGUUGUUGUUUCCCUUUAUUGUAUCUACUUGAGGUAUCACAAUAAACGUUUUCAGUUUUGUUGGA